GUUCCGUCCUGUUUGUGUAAACUAUAAACUCGCGUUUUCUUACUUUUUACAUUUCGGUAUUAAUUAAAUAUAAUUGUCUUAUUCAUACAUAAAUUAACAAUUUAAUGUAAGAUGUAAUAAUUUAUCUUAUUUGCGUCAACUCAACUUAAAAAGUUAUGUCUAUUCCACCUUUCAUGUUGGGUGGACACCCAUGGGCUCAGAUCAUUCAACAGCAGCAACAAAUUGCUGCCGUGCAGGCACAAGCUCAAGCCCAAGCUGCCCAUGCACAGGCAGCAGCUGUACAUGCUCAUAUGCAUGUUGCUCAGCAAAUGGCUAUGCAUCAGAUGUCAUCAGCUCCACCUCACAGAAUACCUGAACCUUUAAGUGAUGAAAAAUUACAAGAAAAAUCACAAAAAUGGCAACAAAUUCAAUCUAAAAGAUUUGCACCUAAACGUAAAUUUGGUUUUGUCGAUGCACAAAAAGAAGACAUGCCCCCCGAACAUAUACGUAAAAUAAUCAGAGACCACGGUGACAUGAGCAGUCGAAAAUAUCGUCAUGAUAAAAGAGUUUAUUUAGGAGCUUUGAAAUAUAUGCCGCAUGCCGUUCUAAAAUUAUUGGAAAAUAUGCCCAUGCCAUGGGAACAGAUUCGUGAUGUCAAAGUUUUAUAUCAUAUAACUGGUGCAAUUACUUUUGUUAAUGAAAUUCCAUGGGUCAUUGAACCAGUUUAUAUUGCUCAAUGGGGAACUAUGUGGAUAAUGAUGAGAAGAGAAAAACGUGAUAGGCGUCAUUUUAAACGUAUGCGUUUUCCUCCAUUUGAUGAUGAAGAGCCACCUUUAGAUUAUGCAGACAAUGUAUUAGAUGUUGAACCUUUGGAAGCUAUUCAGAUUGACUUGGAUACAGAAGAAGAUGCCGCUGUAGCGAAAUGGUUUUAUGAUCAUAAACCACUUGUUAACUCAAGGCACGUAAACGGAUCUACAUAUCGUAAAUGGAAUUUAACUUUACCGCAAAUGGCUACAUUAUAUAGAUUAGCCAAUCAACUUUUAACUGAUCUUGUUGAUGAUAAUUACUUUUAUUUAUUCGACCCAAAGUCAUUCUUUACUGCUAAAGCAUUAAACAUGGCUAUUCCUGGUGGACCAAAAUUUGAACCACUUAUUAAGGAUUCAAAUCCAUCUUUUGUCCGAGAUGAAGAUUGGAAUGAAUUUAAUGAUAUCAAUAAAAUUAUCAUAAGACAACCUGUAAGAACUGAAUACAGAAUUGCAUUUCCAUAUUUAUACAAUAAUCUUCCUCAUUAUGUUCAUUUAUCUUGGUAUCAUGCUCCAAAUGUUGUGUACAUUAAAACUGAAGACCCAGACUUGCCAGCAUUUUAUUUUGACCCCUUGAUAAAUCCUAUAUCACACAGACAUUCCGUCAAGGUUAGUGAACCUAUUUUUGAUGAUGAUGAAGAAUUUGAACUACCACCAGAAGUUCAACCAUUUUUACAAGAAACUCCUGUUUACACUGACAACACAGCAAAUGGAAUCGCAUUGUUAUGGGCUCCUAGACCAUUUAAUAUGCGCUCUGGCCGUUGUAGAAGAGCUAUUGAUGUGCCUUUAGUUAAGAGUUGGUACAGAGAACAUUGUCCACCAGGGCAACCCGUUAAAGUUCGUGUUAGCUAUCAAAAACUUUUAAAAUAUUAUGUAUUAAAUGCUUUGAAACAUCGACCCCCUAAACCACAGAAAAAAAGAUAUUUAUUCCGGUCAUUUAAAUUUACUAAGUUUUUCCAAACUACUACAUUAGAUUGGGUAGAAGCUGGUUUACAGGUAUGCAGGCAAGGAUAUAAUAUGUUAAACCUUUUAAUUCAUCGUAAAAAUCUUAACUACUUGCAUCUGGAUUACAAUUUUAAUUUGAAACCUGUGAAAACGCUUACAACCAAAGAAAGGAAAAAAUCUCGUUUUGGAAAUGCUUUUCAUCUGUGUCGAGAAAUUCUUCGUUUGACAAAAUUGAUCAUUGAUUCCCAUGUACAAUACAGAUUAAACAAUAUUGAUGCAUUUCAAUUAGCUGAUGGAUUACAAUAUGUAUUUGCGCAUGUUGGACAACUGACUGGCAUGUAUCGUUAUAAGUACAAACUUAUGAGACAAAUACGUAUGUGCAAAGAUUUAAAACAUCUUAUUUACUAUCGGUUUAAUACUGGACCAGUGGGCAAAGGUCCAGGUUGUGGAUUUUGGGCACCAGGUUGGCGUGUGUGGUUGUUUUUUAUGCGAGGUAUAACACCAUUAUUGGAAAGGUGGUUAGGUAAUUUACUGUCUCGUCAAUUUGAAGGAAGGCAUUCAAAAGGAGUUGCUAAAACUGUUACUAAACAACGUGUUGAGAGUCAUUUUGAUUUAGAACUUCGUGCUUCUGUCAUGCAUGAUAUUGUAGAUAUGAUGCCAGAAGGUAUUAAACAAAAUAAGGCUAGAACAAUUUUGCAGCAUUUAUCUGAAGCAUGGAGAUGUUGGAAAGCUAAUAUUCCGUGGAAGGUUCCUGGAUUACCAACUCCAAUUGAGAAUAUGAUUCUUCGAUAUGUAAAAAUGAAAGCCGAUUGGUGGACAAAUACGGCACAUUAUAACAGAGAACGUAUCCGUAGAGGAGCUACAGUUGAUAAGACUGUGUGUAAAAAGAAUUUAGGUCGUUUAACUAGAUUAUAUUUAAAAGCAGAACAAGAACGGCAGCACAAUUAUCUUAAAGAUGGACCUUACAUUUCCCCCGAAGAAGCUGUUGCUAUUUACACAACAACUGUUCAUUGGUUAGAAUCUCGACGAUUUGCUCCAAUUCCAUUUCCUCCUCUUUCGUACAAACACGAUACAAAAUUAUUAAUUUUAGCUCUUGAACGUUUAAAAGAGGCAUACAGUGUAAAGUCACGUUUGAAUCAAAGUCAAAGAGAAGAAUUAGGAUUAAUUGAACAGGCUUAUGAUAAUCCUCAUGAAGCACUUUCAAGGAUAAAACGUCAUUUAUUGACUCAAAGAACAUUUAAAGAAGUUGGCAUAGAGUUUAUGGAUUUAUACUCUCACCUAGUACCUGUAUAUGAUGUUGAACCACUAGAAAAAAUAACUGAUGCCUAUUUGGAUCAAUAUUUAUGGUAUGAAGCAGAUAAACGACGUUUGUUUCCACCAUGGAUUAAACCUUCUGAUACUGAACCUCCACCAUUACUUGUAUAUAAAUGGUGUCAAGGUGUAAAUAAUUUACAAGAUGUGUGGGAUGUGAGUGAAGGUGAAUGCAACGUAUUACUUGAAUCCAAAUUUGAAAAAAUCUAUGAAAAGAUCGAUUUAACAUUACUUAACAGAUUGUUAAGAUUAAUUGUCGAUCAUAAUAUUGCUGAUUAUAUGACUGCCAAAAGCAAUGUUAUAAUUAAUUAUAAGGAUAUGAAUCAUACUAAUAGUUAUGGUAUAGUUCGAGGUUUACAAUUUUCAUCGUUUAUUGUUCAAUACUAUGGAUUGGUUUUGGAUUUGCUAGUUUUGGGAUUACAGAGAUCCUCAGAAAUGGCAGGACCACCUCAAAUGCCAAAUGAUUUCUUAACUUUCCAAGAUGUUGUUACUGAAAUAGCUCAUCCAGUUCGUCUUUAUUGUCGAUAUAUUGAUAGAGUACACAUAUUUUUAAGAUUCACUGCUGAAGAAGCAAAAGAUCUUAUUCAACGUUAUUUAACAGAACAUCCAGAUCCAAAUAAUGAAAAUAUUGUUGGUUAUAAUAAUAAAAAGUGUUGGCCUCGUGAUGCUAGGAUGCGCUUAAUGAAACAUGAUGUUAACUUAGGGAGAGCUGUAUUCUGGGACAUUAAAAAUAGACUACCCCGUUCUACAACUACCAUUCAGUGGGAAAAUAGUUUUGUGAGCGUUUAUUCCAAAGAUAAUCCUAAUUUGUUGUUUAAUAUGAGUGGUUUCGAAUGCCGAAUUCUACCAAAAUGUCGAACAAUUCACGAUGAACUUACUCAUAGAGAUGGUAUAUGGAAUCUACAAAAUGAAAUCACUAAGGAAAGAACAGCUCAAUCAUUUUUGAGAGUUGAUGAUGAAUCUUUGCAAAGAUUCCACAAUCGUGUUCGUCAAAUUUUAAUGGCCAGUGGAUCAACAACAUUUACUAAGAUUGUUAACAAAUGGAAUACAGCUUUGAUAGGUCUUAUGACUUAUUUCCGAGAGGCUGUAGUAAAUACUCAGGAACUUUUGGAUCUAUUGGUGAAAUGUGAAAAUAAAAUUCAAACCCGUAUUAAAAUUGGUCUUAAUUCUAAAAUGCCUUCAAGAUUCCCUCCUGUGGUUUUUUAUACACCUAAAGAACUUGGUGGUUUGGGAAUGUUGUCUAUGGGUCAUGUUCUUAUUCCUCAGUCCGAUUUAAGAUGGUCAAAACAGACAGAUGUUGGCAUUACUCAUUUCCGUUCAGGUAUGAGUCACGAUGAAGAUCAAUUAAUUCCAAAUUUAUAUCGUUAUAUUCAACCGUGGGAAUCAGAAUUUAUUGAUUCUCAAAGAGUGUGGGCUGAAUAUGCUUUAAAAAGACAAGAAGCAAAUGCACAAAACAGACGUUUAACCCUGGAAGACUUAGAAGAUAGUUGGGAUCGUGGAAUACCUAGAAUAAAUACUCUGUUCCAAAAAGACAGACAUACAUUAGCUUAUGAUAAAGGCUGGAGAAUUAGAACAGAAUUCAAACAAUACCAGGUUCUAAAACAGAAUCCCUUCUGGUGGACUCAUCAACGACACGAUGGUAAAUUAUGGAAUUUAAACAAUUACCGAACUGAUAUGAUUCAAGCAUUGGGAGGUGUUGAGGGUAUAUUGGAACAUACUUUAUUCAAAGGAACCUAUUUCCCAACUUGGGAAGGUCUAUUUUGGGAGAAGGCAUCUGGUUUUGAAGAAUCGAUGAAGUAUAAAAAAUUGACAAAUGCUCAACGUUCUGGUUUGAAUCAAAUACCUAAUCGUCGUUUUACAUUAUGGUGGUCACCAACUAUCAACCGGGCUAAUGUUUAUGUUGGUUUCCAAGUUCAACUUGAUUUGACUGGAAUAUUUAUGCAUGGUAAAAUUCCUACUCUCAAAAUUUCCCUGAUUCAAAUUUUCAGGGCUCAUUUGUGGCAAAAAGUCCAUGAAUCUAUUGUUAUGGAUCUUUGUCAAGUUUUUGAUCAAGAACUCGAUGCAUUAGAAAUUGAAACUGUUCAAAAAGAAACCAUUCAUCCACGUAAAUCAUACAAAAUGAAUUCAUCUUGUGCCGAUAUCUUACUUUUUGCUGCUUAUAAAUGGAAUGUUUCAAGACCCUCUCUUCUGGCCGACUCAAAAGAUACAAUGGACAACACAACUACACAAAAAUAUUGGUUAGAUGUCCAACUUAGAUGGGGUGACUAUGACUCGCACGAUGUUGAACGUUAUGCGAGAGCUAAAUUUCUGGAUUAUACUACUGAUAACAUGUCUAUUUAUCCAUCACCUACUGGUGUACUCAUCGCAAUUGAUUUGGCAUACAACUUACACAGUGCUUAUGGAAAUUGGUUCCCUGGUUGUAAGCCUUUAAUUCAACAAGCUAUGGCUAAAAUUAUGAAAGCAAAUCCUGCUCUAUAUGUUUUGAGAGAACGUAUUCGAAAAGCUUUACAAUUGUAUUCUUCCGAACCUACAGAACCAUACUUAUCAAGUCAGAAUUAUGGUGAACUGUUUUCUAAUCAAAUUAUUUGGUUUGUGGAUGAUACAAAUGUCUACAGAGUAACAAUUCAUAAAACUUUUGAAGGCAAUUUGACAACUAAGCCUAUUAAUGGAGCUAUUUUCAUAUUUAAUCCACGUACUGGACAACUAUUUUUGAAAAUAAUUCAUACUUCAGUAUGGGCUGGUCAGAAACGUUUAGGACAAUUAGCUAAAUGGAAAACAGCUGAAGAAGUGGCAGCUUUGAUUCGUUCAUUGCCAGUUGAAGAACAGCCUAAACAAAUUAUUGUUACACGUAAAGGAAUGUUGGAUCCUCUUGAGGUGCAUCUUUUGGAUUUCCCAAAUAUUGUAAUUAAAGGAUCAGAGUUACAACUUCCAUUCCAAGCAUGUUUGAAGGUGGAGAAGUUUGGUGACCUUAUACUGAAAGCUACUGAACCUCAAAUGGUUCUUUUCAAUUUGUAUGAUGAUUGGCUAAAAACAAUCUCUUCUUACACGGCAUUUUCUCGUUUAAUAUUGAUAUUAAGAGCUUUACAUGUCAAUACCGAACGUACCAAAGUUAUUUUAAAACCAGACAAAACAACUAUAACUGAGCCACAUCACAUUUGGCCCACUCUCAGUGAUGACGAAUGGAUUAAGGUUGAAGUUCAGCUUAAGGACUUGAUUUUAGCUGACUAUGGAAAGAAAAAUAAUGUGAAUGUUGCAUCUUUAACUCAAUCUGAAAUCCGUGAUAUUAUUUUGGGAAUGGAGAUUAGUGCACCAUCAGCACAAAGACAGCAAAUUGCCGAGAUCGAGAAACAAACUAAAGAACAAUCGCAAUUAACAGCAACCACAACCAGAACAGUGAAUAAACAUGGAGAUGAUAUUAUUACUUCCACUACUUCCAAUUAUGAAACUCAAACUUUCAGCUCCAAGACUGAAUGGAGAGUUCGUGCAAUAUCUGCAACAAAUCUUCAUUUGCGUACUAAUCAUAUAUAUGUAUCGUCUGACGACAUUAAAGAAACUGGUUACACGUAUAUAUUACCUAAGAACAUCCUCAAAAAGUUUGUCACUAUUUCAGAUCUUCGUGCUCAGAUUUGUGCAUACUUGUAUGGUGUGAGUCCUCCUGAUAACCCUCAAGUGAAAGAAAUCCGUUGCCUAGUGAUGCCGCCACAGUGGGGAACACAUCAAACUAUACACGUACCAUCACAAUUACCCAAUAACCAUCACUAUCUUAAUGACAUGGAACCACUUGGUUGGAUACAUACACAGCCUAAUGAAUUACCUCAACUAUCACCACAAGAUAUAAGCACACAUGCCAAAAUUAUGUCUGAUAACUCGACGUGGGAUGGAGAAAAAACUGUAAUAAUAACUUGCAGUUUUACUCCAGGCUCAUGCUCAUUAACAGCUUAUAAAUUGACUCCAAGUGGUUUUGAAUGGGGACGACAAAACACUGACAAAGGCAACAAUCCCAAAGGAUAUUUGCCUAGCCAUUAUGAAAAAGUACAAAUGCUGUUGUCAGACAGAUUCCUUGGUUUCUUCAUGGUUCCAGCACAAGGAUCAUGGAACUAUAAUUUUAUGGGUGUGAGACAUGACGCAAACAUGAAGUAUGAAUUGCAAUUAGCCAAUCCAAAAGAAUUUUAUCAUGAGAUUCAUAGGCCUGCCCAUUUCUUGAAUUUCUCAUCUUUAGAAGAUGGAGACGGAGUUGGUGCUGACCGUGAAGACGUGUAUGCUUAA